CAUCCCUUUUCGGCUUCCGUAACAAUUCACAUGUGACAGCGAAGGUCAGCUUCCAAUAUGGCUGCUUGCACAAGAAGGCUUGACAAAGUUAUGUUUUCAAUAAGGCUGUUACGGAAUAUACAACAGAAAAAUGAACGUUUCUUGUCCACGUCUAUGCGUCGUCUCGACGAGGGGAGUGACGGUGGCAAGCCAACAAAAUUCACCCCUCCACCAAAACCUGUCAUAAUUGACAAAACACAAUCCGAGGCUUCACUGCGAAAGUUCCUGAGUCCAGAAUUCAUCCCUCCCCGACAGAGAAUAAACCCACUGAAGUUCGCCAUUGAGCGCAAAGACAUGAUCCAGAGGAGGAAAGUGCUCAACAUUCCGGAGUUUUAUGUUGGGAGUGUCUUAGCUGUGACCAUGGCGGACCCUCAUGCCAGCGGCAAAACCAACCGCUUUAUGGGCAUCUGCAUCCAGAGAGGUGGCCAUGGACUGGGAGCCACAUUUGUCCUUAGGAAUAUCAUCGACGGCCAAGGAGUUGAGAUCUGCUAUGAAAUGUAUAGCCCACGGCUGCAGCAGCUGGAGGUGCUGAAGCUGGAGAAAAGGCUGGACAACAAUCUGAUGUACCUGAGAGAUGCCCUGCCCGAGUACAGCACCGUGAACUUGGACAUGAAGCCUGUGCCCCACUCUGUCACCGGGGACGUGCCCGUCAAUAAAACCAGAGUGCGGAUGCGUCCUAAGCCGUGGUCCAAGCGCUGGGAGCGGCCCAAGUACAACGUGCAGGGCAUCCGCUUCGACCUGUGUCUGUCGCCCGAGAAGCUGGAGCACGCCCAGAAGUGGGCGGAGCCCUGGCGGGAGUAUGACAUGCUGAAAGAGUACGACACCACGGCCCUGGAGGAGCGCUUCCUUAAGGAGGUGCAGACAGAGAUGAGCAAGUCAACAUGCCCCUAACCCUCUCUCAACCAGGGGUGGAUAGCUCCAGUAAGAGGGUGGAUAGCUCCAGUAAGAGGGUGGGUAGCUCCAGUAAGAGGGUGGGUAGCUCCAGUAAGAGGGUGGGUAGCUCCAGUAAGAGGGUGGGUAGCUCCAGUAAGAGGGUGGGUAGUUCAAUAAGCGGGUGGGGAGCCCCAGUGAGCGGGUGGGUAGUUCAAUGAGCGGGUGGGUAGUUCAAUGAGCGGGUGGGCAGCCCCAGUGAGCGGGUGGGUAGUUCAAUGAGCGGGUGGGUAGUUCAAUGAGCGGGUGGGCAGCCCCAGUGAGCGGGUGGGUAGUUCAGUGAGCAGGUGGGUAGUUCAAUGAGCGGGUGGGUAGUUCAAUGAGAGGAUGGGUAGUUCAAUGAGCGGGUGGGCAGCCCCAGUGAGCGGGUGGGCAGCCCCAGUGAGCGGGUGGGUAGUUCAAUGAGCGGGUGGGCAGCCCCAGUGAGCGGGUGGGUAGCCCCAGUGAGCGGGUGGGUAGUUCAAUGAGCGGGUGGGUAGUUCAAUGAGAGGGUGGGUAGUUCAAUGAGAGGGUGGGUAGUUCAAUGAGUGGGUGGGCAGCCCCAGUGAGCCGGUGGGCAGCCCCAGUGAGCGGGUGGGUAGUUCAAUAAGCGGGUGGGUAGCCCCAGUGAGCGGGUGGGUAGUUCAAUGAGCGGGUGGGCAGCCCCAGUGAGCGGGUGGGUAGUUCAAUGAGCGGGUGGGUAGUUCAAUGAGCGGGUGGGCAGCCCCAGUGAGCGGGUGGGCAGCCCCAGUGAGCGGGUGGGUAGUUCAAUGAGCGGGUGGGCAGCCCCAGUGAGCGGGUGGGCAGCCCCAGUGAGCGGGUGGGUAGUUCAAUGAGAGGGUGGGUAGUUCAAUGAGAGGGUGGGCAGCCCCAGUGAGCGGGUGGGUAGUUCAAUGAGCGGGUGGGUAGUUCAAUGAGCGGGUGGGUAGUUCAAUGACCGGGUGGGUAGUUCAAUGAGCGGGUGGGCAGCUCCAGUGAGCGGGUGGGUAGUUCAAUGAGCGGGUGGGCAGCCCCAGUGAGCGGGUGGGUAGUUCAAUGAGCGGGUGGGUAGUUCAAUGAGCGGGUGGGUAGUUCAAUAAGCGGGUGGGUAGCCCCAGUGAGCGGGUGGGUAGUUCAAUGAGCGGGUGGGCAGCUCCAGUGAGCGGGUGGGUAGUUCAAUGAGCGGGUGGGCAGCUCCAGUGAGCGGGUGGGCAGCUCCAGUGAGCGGGUGGGUAGUUCAAUGAGCGGGUGGGUAGUUCAAUGAGAGGAUGGGUAGUUCAAUGAGCGGGUGGGCAGCCCCAGUGAGCGGGUGGGUAGUUCAAUGAGCGGGUGGGUAGUUCAAUGAGCGGGUGGGUAGUUCAAUGAGCGGGUGGGUAGUUCAAUAAGCGGGUGGGUAGCCCCAGUGAGCGGGUGGGUAGUUCAAUGAGUGGGUGGGCAGCUCCAGUGAGCGGGUGGGUAGUUCAAUGAGCGGGUGGGCAGCUCCAGUGAGCGGGUGGGUAGUUCAAUGAGCGGGUGGGUAGUUUAAUAAGCGGGUGGGCAGCCCCGGCAGCAGUGUGCUGGUUUUACUGUCAAAUCAAUACAUUACGUAAAGUUGUGGAAAACAAAUCUAGUUUAUUCAGUCAAUGAGCAAUUAGUGACAUGAAUAGAUGGAUGAAGUGCCUGGGAGAUGAAAAGCACCAGACAGUGCUGCCACUGAGGAACAGCCAUCCCUGUUAAGCGCUUUCAACACUCGGUGGCCCUCGGUCUUCCACCCGUCUCCAUGUACAUGAUGUCUGGUGAGAGGUGGAGAGGAACAUUUAGGAGUCAAUCUCCCAGGGAUGAUGGUGGAACCGACAUAGCUGUGGUUGUAUUGUAUGUCUGGAAAAGCAUGUUUAUGCAUAUCAAUGUGCAGUUGCAAGUAUCCAUUUCUAAAUUAAAAAGCUGUUAAACAUG